AUGAGUCAGAACAAGGACAAUAAGAAGAAGUCAUUCGGAAGCGGAUCGUCUAAUGGUGGUGGCGGAGGUGGUGGCGCUGGUGGAUACACUUCACCUCAACACAAGCAUCAUCAUCAUCAACAAUCACCAAAGAACCAACAUCAUCACCAACAACAACAACAACAACAACAACAACAUCAUCAAUCACCUCAACAACAUAACAACAAUAACAACCAACAACAGACUCCACCAAUGGACGAUGCAACAAGACGAACAAAGGAGAGAUCAGUGUUCAUUGGCAACACUCUUGUUGGAUAUCAGGUGGCUGUAAACAUGAAGAAUGGUGACAUCUUUGAAGGUAUCCUUCAGUCGGUGAAGGUCGACACCGGUGCACCAGGUUGGUCGCUUGUGUUGCUAUACGCACGCAAGAAGGAGUCGUCGGGUCGUGUCGUCAACCCGAUUGCACAGCUCUCCAUCGAUGCCAAGGACUUUAUCGGUCUGACCGCCACUGGCGUCAACUUUGACAGCGCGACAUCAUAUGGCAAGGAGGGCGCCGCAGGCUUCCACACUGAUACCGAUAUCAGUGGACACGAUGGUGUGGUGCGCGAGCGAGAGUUGACUAGAUGGGUUGGCGAUGAGUCCACUGCCGACUCACUCGACUCUCUCAACAGCACCAACUCUGAUUGGGAUCAGUUCGCAACCAACGAGAAGUUGUUCAAGGUCAAGACAUCCUACAACGAGAACCUCUACACAACAGAGCUCGAUCGUCACUCUGACUCCUAUCACCAACGACUAAAGGAGGCUGAGAAGAUUGCUGCCGAGAUUGAAGGUAAAACAUCGUCCAACAUUCAUAUGUUGGAGGAGAGAAACUUGGUCAAGGCUGCUGACUAUGAUGAGGAGGAGAGGUACAGUUCUGUCAUCAGGAAUGAUACACCAACCACUGCUAAGCCUGCGGCUGCGCCAAAGGCAAUGUCAUCCUCAUCCAAUGUCUACAUACCACCAAACAGACGCGGACAACAGACAAACGCUGCAGCUGCCGGUACCGCCACGGCUGCAAAGCCAGCGGCAACAUCACCCACCACUGCCACCGCCACCACAACAUCACCAACAUCAACCACGACAACAACCACAUCGGCACAACCCACUGCUGCCUCUGUCAUUGCCUCUGCACAGGCAUCAAAGUCAACAUCUCAGGAGCUCGAAGCAGCAGCUGCAUCACAGGACUCCGCUGCCAACCAACCAGCCAAGUCUGCCGAGCAACAACAACAGCAACAACAGUUUAAGGAGUCAAACUCUGGAUCAUCCUCGUCAUUGCUCACCAAGGACUCUGUUGGCAAACUCAGACUUAGCCAGGCGGGCCGCGAGCGCUCGGGAUCCAUCGACCAUGGCGAGAUCAACUCACCACGUGAUGGAAUGUCACCAAGAGCUAUCAAUGUCUACAAGCAUACGCGCAGCACUCUGGUCGACAAACUCAGAAGCUCUGGUGAGCACGGCUCGCCGAUGAGAUCGCCAUUGGUAUCAGACAUGCCCAGCAUGUUUGCCCUUUCAUUGGACUCGUCCAAGCCAGUCGUCGAUGAGAACAUCCUCAAUGAGUUCAAGGAGUUCAGUUUGAAGAAGCAAGGUGGACAGCAGGCGACUGUGGACGACAAGCGUGGACAGAUCAGUCAGUCACUCAAGAACUUCCACAAGGAAUUGAACAACAAGUCCAUCCCAGGCUCACCAUUGGUCGGACCAAACUCACCCCAUCCCCCACCCGCUGGCCUUGCUGCCCUCUCACUCUCUGGCAACGAUCAACCAGCGUCAAAGUCUCCAACAGACACAACAUCCACCGUUGACACAAAGUCAGCAGAUGCUUCAUCGCUGUCGCAAAAGGUUGAACAGACCACCUCAACAGAGUCAAGCGAUAAGUCUUCGAGCCCAGCAGCCUCAACUGAGGCCAAGCCAGCCAGCACGAAGCUUAAGCUGAACCCCAACUCCAAACCAUUCACGCCGGGUGCAUUGUCUGCCAAUGCCCCUGUAUUCACACCAAAGAGCUUCGUCCCAGCAGCAGCCAAGCCACCUGCCAGCGAAUUUGGUCCAGCCUCUGAGGCGGGACGAUCAAACACCGACUCAACCACUCCAGUCAACGAACUCUACUUUGAAUCAAUGAAGAAGCGACAGGCCAACCCAGAGCAACCAGAUUCUGUUUCAUCCUCCUGGAAUGAGAACUACCGCAGUGUCUAUCCAGGCGAGGAUGAGUACAACGCCGGUGGAUGGAUGCGCCAACCACAAUACAUACCAAUCAUGCCUGCGCCCUAUGGCUACCCCGUGGGUGGUCCAGCUGGCGCACCCGCCAUGAAGCAAAUGAAGCCUCUAUACAACCAACCACGUGGACAAUACCCUCCAGGACCAGUGCCUCCCCCAUACAGUGUCUAUCCACCAUCGUUCCAAUUUGUACAGCCAAUACCCCCUCCCCAUAUGAAUCCCAAGCAACGAUUCUUCCCUCCAAACGGUCCAAACUAUCAACAAAUGCAGCAACACAUCAUGGUUCCUCAGAACUCAUCACAGCCACCCUCUCCACAACAUCAAUCGCCACAGAUCGCCUCUCCAGCGUCACCCCCACCUCAUGCCAGAAUCAUUCCGUCAUCACCUCAAAUGAUGAGUCCAAUGUAUCCCUAUCAGCCUAAUGCUCCAUAUGCACAGGUUAUGCCCCCACCCCCAAGAGGUGCUUAUGGACAUGGAGGCAAUGAGCCACCUCCCUACCCAUACCAACAAUAA